CCCAUCCCCAUCUCCAUCUCGUCCCUCCCCCCCUGCAGCGAGAGUCUCACAGCCUGUGUUGUAAGCGCGCGGUCGGUAUAAAGCGGAAAACCCCGCCGUUCUCUUCACAUCCGAGCGCUCCCUACCGCUGCGCGCGCCAGCUAUCCGACAAUCAGGACCUGAACCUGCUCUCAGCUAUGACCCCGCUGCUCCCUCUACCUGGAUUAACUCCCAACUAACCGCUGUCUUGUUUGUCGCCCCCACCCUCCUCUUACUCCAUUUGCACCCGCAGCAGCAGCGGCAGCAGCAGCAGCAGCAUCCUCUCCGGCUCCUCCGUCCUGCCCCCCCAGACUCAAACUCUCAGCUGUGUUCUGCGGUCAUGGGGUGCGUCGUGUUCAUGUUUUCUGGGCUGCUGAGGGGCUUGACCGCGUUGUGAGCCGGAUACCAGGUGGAUUUAUGGUCCGCAAAGCCGCGAAUACCAGCCGAGGGAAAUUAGUGGAACUUUGAGCUCCGGGAGGAUGCAGGUGACGUGUUGGUGCGCCGUGUUCCUCCUGACGCCUGCACUUUACCUGGUUACAAGUGCUCGCGCCUCAAAGUCAGACAUUGUCAAGUCGGGAAGCCCCAAAUCAACACUAAAGCAUAUAUGGACAGAAAGCAGUAAGGAUAUGUCCAUCAGUAGGCUGCUGUCACAGACUCUACAGGGCAAAGAGAACAGCACAGCCUUGGACCUUCGCUAUGACACUCCUGAGCCCUACUCUGAGCAGGACCUGUGGGACUGGCUGAGGAACUCCACAGACUUGCAGGACUCGCGGCCGCGGGCUAAACGGCGGCCAAUGGUCAAGACGGGAAAGUUCAAGAAGAUGUUUGGCUGGGGGGACUUCCACUCGAAUAUCAAGACGGUGAAACUCAACCUGCUGAUCACCGGGAAGAUCGUGGAUCACGGCAACGGCACCUUCAGUGUCUACUUCCGCCACAACUCCACAGGCCAAGGCAACGUGUCCGUCAGCUUGGUCCCUCCAACCAAGGUAGUCGAGUUUGAUGUGGCGGCGCAGCAGUCCGUCAUUGACGCCAAGGACUCAAAGUCCUUUAACUGCCGCAUCGAGUACGAGAAGGUCGAGAAAGGCGCCAAGAACACGCUCUGCAACUUCGACCCAUCCAAGACCUGCUACCAGGAGCAGACUCAGAGUCACGUCUCCUGGCUCUGCUCCAAACCGUUCAAAGUCAUCUGCAUCUUCAUCUCCUUCUACAGCACCGACUACAAACUGGUGCAGAAAGUGUGCCCGGACUACAACUACCACAGUGACACUCCCUACUUCCCCUCCGGUUGACGUUGCUGUACACUUACAUACAGGAAUGUCGAACGAGUCGAGCACAGACUGGGGCUUCUACCCACACCAGAGAAAUGUGUUUGUUAGCCGUACUAUCCCUAAACAUGUCCAUACCGCAGUGUUGAACAAUUUCCCACUUUAAUGUUCUGAUUUUUGCGGAGAUGGUGUUUACUUUUAACUGUCGAGGUGGUUUAUAGGACUGUAAUGUUUUUAAAUCGUUUGUGAUUAUUAUCAGUUAGAAAUGUUUUUGUUCAUUCUGUUUUGUCUCUGUUGAACCAUGCAUAGAUAGCAGGGGCUUAUUAGUACUUCUGGGACCAUUAUUUUAUUCAACUUGACCCUUUCUUUGUUGUUUCCUUCAUGUUUAGUUCGAACUUCAUUUCCAACUGGAUGUUGAAGACUUUGUUUUCCUCUUUAAGCGCUGAUGUGUUAUCUCUCUGGACAACAA